AUGGGCCAUGUGUCUUCAGUCAAGUAUAAAUUUGCAGAAAAUUUGGUGAUCUCAGCAGUUGUCACGAUUAUUACUGCUAUCAAAGUACCAAAUGGAUUCAAUCAAUUUCGUGACGAGGGAAGUACUGAUGACGGUAUGCCACUUCGAUGGUACUUCGCUCGAUCGCCAUAUUCGUUGGCCAAAAAACAUAUGAGUGAACGGGUGGUAAAUUCCCUAUUGCGAAAUGCAUGGAUUGGUUAA